AUGGCUCGGCACGACGGGGAUCCUGACCAAGAGUUUGUACCUCUUACAGACAGGUCACGCAAAGCAUCGGCUUCCUUCAGUUCGACGGAUACAAUGUCUUCCGACGGAUCACUCUUUGGCGACGACACCGACGCUCCCGAGACCCAGAGGUUAGUGCAGAACACCCAGGAAACAGCAGUAGCAACACCGGCAACACCAUACCGGGACAUUGAGGAUGAUGCGGAAAUUGAACGAGGGAAUGAUAUUUUUCAGCAUGCGAGAGAGAAAUCGAAACGAACUAGCGGCACUCGAAUAGUCUGGAUAGUAGGGGUGUUGUGUGUAGGCGGCUGGAUGCUGGCUUUUGUCCUGUUCUGGAGCCAGCGCAACAAUAACCUAGGAACGAGCUCAUCAGUUGCGGCUGUUCAUGAUGCCGACAGUGCAACUGGCGCUACGAGCUAUGGCAAGCCGCUUGACUUGGAGGGCAUCCUAUCAGGUUUCUGGUCCAGCAAAAAACAUUCGAUUUCUUGGAUUGCGGGCCCAAAUGGUGAAGAUGGGUUGCUACUCGAGCGUGGCCAAGAUGGAGAGAAGGCAUAUCUCCGAGUGGAAAAUGUCCGCAAUCGUCAGGAAGAUACCAAGGACGAGGAAGGCUUAGUUCUCAUGAAAUCCAGCACUGUUCAAGGCAAUGGCAAAAUUUUCGUGCCCUCUGAGACAUGGCCGAGUCCAGAUUUCAAAAGCGUGCUAUUGCUAGCUGAUAUGGAGAAGAAUUGGCGGUAUUCAUAUACGGGUACCUAUUGGCUUUUUGACGUGGAAAGCCAAACAACGAAGCCUCUUGAUCCUGAUGUUCCCGAAGGACGAAUACAACUCGCAUCGUGGUCUCCACAGUCAGAUGCUGUAGUAUUUACGCGAGGCAACAAUAUGUAUAUUCGAAAAUUGGAUUCUGACACGGUUACGCAAAUCACGACGAAUGGUGGCAAGGACUUGUUCUACGGUGUCCCGGAUUGGGUCUAUGAGGAGGAGGUAUUUGAACACAAUAGUGCGACUUGGUGGUCCAAUGAUGGCAAAUAUGUUGCUUUCCUUCGCACGAAUGAAUCCAUGGUGCCGGAAUUUCCGCUGCAGUAUUACAUGUCUCGACCGUCAGGAGAACGUCCACCCCACGGCCUUGAGGAUUACCCGGAUGUACUCCAAAUCAAAUACCCCAAAGCUGGAGCCCCGAACCCACGUGUCACACUUCAGUUCUAUGAAGUGGACAGUGGUGACGUUUUCUCGGUUAACGUCUCGGGAGGAUUCCCAGACGACGAUCGUCUCAUUACUGAAGUUGUCUGGGCUUCGAAGGCGAAUGUCCUGAUCAAAGAGUUCAAUCGGGAAAGCGAUAUCGUACGUACUGUGCUCGUUGAUGUUGCCUCAAGAACCGGCAAGCUUGUGAGAGUCGAUAAUUUUGCACAAGACGAUGGCGGCUGGGCGGAGAUAACUGAAUCGACUACAUUCAUACCCGCAGAUCCAGAAAAUGGCCGUCUAGAUGAUGGUUAUAUUGACGUUAUAGUGCAUGAGGGUCAUGACCAUUUGGGAUAUUUCUCGCCCUUGGACAACCCCGCGCCUAUUCUUCUCACGUCCGGUCCGUGGGAAAUUGUAGAUUCUCCGCCUGCUGUGGACCUGAAAAACGGUAUCGUCUACUUUGUUGCGACAAAAGAAUCGCCAACUCAGCAACACGUCUACAGUGUCAAGCUCGAUGGCACAGAUUUCAAGCCAGUCACUGACGUUUCAAAGCCUAGCUUCUACCAUGUUUCUUUUUCGAGUGGUGGUGGAUAUGCACUCCUAAGCUACGAAGGGCCUCACAUCCCCUGGCAAAAGCUUAUCAAUACCCCAAGCAACCAGAAUGCAUUCGAAGAGAUUAUCGAAGAGAAUCAGGAGCUUGCCAACAGAGUUGAAAGAUAUGCUCUGCCUGCCGAGAUCUACCAAAACAUCACUAUAGAUGGGUUCACGUUCCAGGUUGUUGAACGAAGGCCGCCGCACUUCAACCCCAUCAAGAAAUAUCCAGUUCUUUUCUACCUCUACGGAGGCCCCGGUUCGCAGGAGGUCACUAGGAAAUUUACAGUUGAUUUCCAAUCAUACGUUGCCUCCACCCUGGGGUAUAUCGUGGUGACAGUAGACGGCAGAGGAACAGGACACAUUGGCCGAGCAGCUAGAACAGCCGUCCGAGGAAAACUUGGCUAUUGGGAGGCACACGAUCAAAUUGAAACAGCCAAAACAUGGGGCAAAAAGCCCUACGUGGAUAAAGAGCAUAUGGCCAUCUGGGGCUGGAGCUACGGAGGCUUCAUGGCUCUCAAAACACUGGAACAGGAUGCCGGCCAGACCUUCCAGUAUGGCAUGGCUGUAAGCCCCGUCACCGACUGGCGGUAUUAUGACAGUAUAUACACCGAGCGCUACAUGCGCACACCCGAUCAUAACCGCGAUGGGUACGAAAGAAGCGCAAUCUCGAAUAUGUCGGCAUUGCAACAAAAUGUCCGGUUUUUAGUCAUGCAUGGCACAGCAGACGAUAAUGUUCAUUUCCAGAACACAUUGUCUCUACUUGAUAAAUUGGACAUGGCGAGCGUUGAGAAUUAUGAUGUGCACGUCUUCCCGGACUCGGAUCAUGGUAUAUAUUUUCAUAAUGCGCGAAAGAUGGUUUAUGACCAUGAAUGGCAUCAGGUUGGCAGUGCUUUACCAGAUUCAUAG